CCCGUCUGUUCCUACGCUGUUUUUGGACUGCUGCUGUUCGCCGCGAUUUGGUGAAACCCCCCAGCCUAACCUCGCACCCCAGCCACGCACCUCCGGCCUUGGUUUCUGUGGGAACCGCCCGGGCCGCACCAGAGUACACAUGCACUCUGCGCGUCCUCUCGCUCUCUUCCUUCUAUCCCAAUUCAGCUCACCUUCACCUCACCAUUUUCUACGAAACGCCACUGGGGAUAGAAAACCCCCCACCAACACGACGACUUGUUGAUUCUUUUUGAAGGCUCAAGACCGACCUCACUGGCCCUGAGGAUCAUUGUUCACCGCUUUGACGCUUGGCCGGGGCAACCAGCUUCCUAGGCCCAGCCUCCAUACCUCGUUAUUUUCCGGCCGAAACAUCGACAUUCCAAUCCAUCCCAAUAUGGCUCCCACUUUCCUCACCACCCUCCGGAGCAUCGUCUCGUCCGCUCCAUCCGUCCCCCGCUCAGCGGAAGUCCUCGCCACCGUCUCGGAAAACGUUGCCGAAGUUCAUAGAGUAUUGGAGAUUCGAGAUUCCAGCGAGACCAAUACCCGGCACCGAACCAGCGUGGACCCAGAUAAUGGUGUACUAGACCCCCAUGACAUCAACAACGUGGGAUUCUUCGUGCUGUUUGCACUCAUCGGAGUCGCCUUCGUCCUAACUGGCAUCUGGUUCUUCUUCUGGGCCAAGAACGGCGGCUUCCAUAUCAAGGAGAAUGACUGGGACGACUACAAAUCCACAGUACUGCGCCGCAAGGGGCCCAACGGCACCCUCCUGUCUGGAGCAACGGCCUCGACCAAUCUGGGUGGUGGCAGCGUGUAUAAAGAUGUGCAUGAUCAAGACCACGACCACGAUGCCGAUGAUGAUGGCAGGACGGUCAUCACAGAAGCCACGGCACUAAGUGGCAUCACCGCAGGUGCCAGUGAUAUUGGAGCACGAGAGAAGCGCCGACGCAAGCAAGAAAAGCGAGACCGUGAGCGUGAGAAGCGAGGAAAGCGUACCAGCAAGAGGCACGUUGGUGACCUUGGCGUCAUGGAUGAGGAAGCGGAGCACGCUGCCAAGGCGGAACUACGUAACUACCGACACGAGAAGGCAGCACGCGUUGGUGGCCUGAACAAGGAGAGCGAUGCAUCGGAGUGGGACGGAUCGACCAACGCCGGCACCGAGUCAAAUGUGUCAUCGAGCCUACUCUCCGACCGCCAGAAGACGCCAACGGCGACUCCUACUGCCACCCCUGCGAAGAAGACCAGCGGUCCCGGAAUCCGAAAGGUGUACUCCGUCGCCGACCGACGAGACGAGCGGGAGACGCAGCGGGAGGCCCAACGCCAGCGCUCCGAGGCUCGCCGUGUCCGGGAGGCCGGUCGUUCCUCGCGACGAGACUUUAGCUACCAGCGGACUGACCAGUCUCAGAGCGAAAGUCUGCUGGAGGGCUACAGUAGUGUUAGUGGCAGCCAGCUGACCGUCAGCACCGGCAAUACUGGCAGCGAUCUGGGAACCAAGAGCUACCACCACCCGAUGCCGGAGCUUCGGGAGCUGGAGCGUGAGAGGGAGCGAAACCGGGAGGAGAGGAGGGCACGACGGGCCGGAUAUCGUCGUGGACGACAGGACGAGGAAGAUGACUUGGUUGAAUGAUUGGGCGAGUUGAAGCAGCGCUGAAGGUGGACGCACGCAAGACUGUAUCUUGAUUUGGCAUUUGGGUUGUUUAGCACUCUGGUUCUUGUCUUUUAUUGCUGGCUGGAUAUGAUGCUAUCAUGAGGGUCGAACGGUCACGUCACGGUUGAUAGGUUUCUUGUAGAAUACGAAAUAGUCGGUACAUAACGUACAAUACACAAUGGGAUUCUGGAUUAAACAUAAG